UUAUAACGUCCAUGGUUCGACAUGGACCAUCGCCCUUCGUUCUUCAGUCUUUCCCUAUUUAUAUUCAUAUACUAGAGGCUCAUGAGCCUUGAUCCACAUCUCACCGACCUGCGUCUCUCCACCGUGGCACUGAUAACCAGCUAGCCUCGGCUGUUCACUAUCUGCGCUGCCUGCUCCGUACCGUGACCGAUAUCGCGCUGUCGUCAUACCUGACCGUCGCCAAUUCACCCUCUACAUGCCCUUCUAAUCAUCAUGGUGAAGCCGGAUGCCGAUGAGAAUACAGAAUUCCUCCCUAUGACUCGUCCGAGAACCGCGUCGACCGCGUCCCAAACCUCCUCCGAUUCGGGCCUGUCCGUUCAGUCGUCAUUCUUGAGCGAGAAUAAACGCAAUGCAGCAACAAACGAGAACUUAGGUGCGGCGGAGGAAGCUAGAUACUGUGAUAUGGAAGAUGGCGAGGCUGCAGCAGACGACCCGUUCCUACCGGGGUCCAAGAAACCGAGCACUUCAAGUCGUACCCGGCGGAUAUUCUGGGCUCUAUUAAUCCUCUGCGUGGGAGGCUGGGUGCUGGCUUUUGUUCUCUUCCUCACUCAGGGCCGGUCUAAGUACCAGACCGCUUCCGACAGUCUACAGCUACACGAACCGGAUUCCAAUUCGGGCAGUACCAGCGCAGGGAAACCUGUGACGCUGGACCAGGUUCUCACGGGCCAGUGGUCGCCCAUGUCACAUUCCAUCUCCUGGAUUGCGGGACCGGAGGGUGAAGACGGCCUGUUGGUGGAGCAAGGCGAGGGCGGGAAUGGUUACCUGAGGGUCGAGGAUAUUCGCAGCCGCAAGGAUGGCGAUGAUACGCUAGAGAGCAGGGUGUUGAUGCAGAAACCACUUGUACGAGUGGGUGGACACGCCGUUGUGCCUUAUAAGACCUGGCCGAGUCCCAACCUGAAAAAGGUCCUACUCAUGUCCGAUCGGGAGAAAAACUGGCGACAUUCGUACAUUGGGAAGUACUGGAUCUUCGACGUGGACUCUCAAACCGCCGAACCUUUAGACCCUAAAGUACCUGAUGGGCGAGUACAGCUGGCAAGUUGGUCGCCAACCUCAGAUGCAGUGGUCUUCGUGCGGGAAAACAACAUGUACUUGCGCAAACUGUCGUCGGAGUCGGUCACCUCGAUCACGAAGGACGGCGGUAAGGAUCUUUUCUAUGGUGUUCCUGAUUGGGUUUACGAAGAAGAAGUAAUUUCGGGAAACAGUGUGACCUGGUGGUCGAAUGAUGGGAAAUACAUCGCCUUCCUUCGAACCAACGAGUCUGCUGUUCCCGAGUUCCCGGUCCAGUACUUCUUAUCAAGGCCAUCAGGGAAGAAACCUCUUCCAGGGCUGGAGGAGUAUCCGGAGGUUACCCGGAUCAAGUAUCCCAAGGCUGGGGCCCCGAAUCCGGUUGUUAACCUGCAAUUUUACGACGUUGAGAAAAAUGAGGUGUUUCCCGUUGAGGUAGCCGACGAUUUCGAAGAUGACGACCGGAUCAUCUUCCAGGUGCUUUGGGCUACCGAGGCGAAAGUUCUCAUUCAAGUCACCAAUCGGGAAAGCGACUACCUCAAGGUAUUCCUGGUCGACACCAAGACUCGGACGGGAAAGCUUGUCCGAGAACAAGAUAUCGCCGCUCUGGAUGGUGGGUGGAUAGAACCAGCACAAUCUACCCGUUUUAUUCCUGCAGACCCCAGCAAUGGGCGACCGGAGGACGGGUAUGUCGAUGCUGUGGUCCAUGAUGGAUAUGUUCAUCUUGCCUACUUUACACCCCUUGACAAUCCGGAUCCCGUCAUGCUCACGACGGGUGAGUGGGAGGUUGUGGACUCGCCAACCGCAGUGGAUCUCAAACGCGGACUUGUUUACUUUGUUGCGACGAAGGAAGCUCCGACCCAGCGCCAUGUCUAUCGAGUGCAACUUGACGGGAAGAACCUCCAGCCCUUGACUGAUAUCUCGAAACCGGGGUAUUUCGGUGUAUCCUUUUCCGAUGGGUCCGGCUAUGCGUUGCUUAGCUACAAGGGACCUUCGGUUCCGUGGCAGGCGAUACUCAACACCCAAGGGGAUCAACCUAUUCUCGAAAAGACCAUCGAGGAGAAUCCGGAACUGUCUCGUAUGGUGGAAGCAUUUGCGAUCCCUACGAAAAUAUACCAGAACGUAACCAUUGAUGGCUUCACCCUUCAAGUUGUCGAACGCCGUCCGCCACAUUUCAACCCUGCAAGGAAGUACCCUGUACUUUUCUAUCUUUAUGGGGGCCCCGGCUCGCAGACCGUGGACCGUAAAUUCACCGUUGAUUUCCAGUCCUACGUUGCGUCUAGUCUAGGCUACAUCGUCGUCACCGUCGACGGACGGGGCACUGGGUACAUCGGUCGAAAAGCCAAGUGUAUCACCCGGGGAAAUCUUGGAUAUUACGAAGCCUAUGAUCAGAUCACGACGGCGAAGAUGUGGGCAGAAAAGCCCUAUGUCGAUGAGACCCGUAUGGCUAUCUGGGGCUGGAGUUACGGCGGUUUCAUGACCUUGAAGACUCUCGAGCAAGAUGCUGGAGAGACAUUCCAGUACGGUCUAGCUGUUGCUCCUGUUACAGACUGGAGAUACUAUGACUCCAUCUACACAGAGCGCUAUAUGCAUACUCCUCAAAACAACCCUUCGGGCUACGAUAACUCAUCCAUAACCGACAUGUCUGCAUUAGAGCAAUCCGUGCGCUUCCUCGUUAUGCACGGCGCCUCCGAUGACAAUGUGCAUCUUCAAAACACCCUCGUGUUACUGGACAAGCUGGACUUGUCUGACGUUCAGAAUUAUGAUCUGCACUUUUUCCCGGAUUCCGAUCACAGCAUUAAUUUCCACAACGCCCAUUCUAUGGUCUAUGGUCGUCUAUCGAGCUGGCUCAUCAACGCAUUCAAUGGUGAAUGGCAUCGAAUUGCGAACCCUGUUCCCGACGGGUCGAUGUGGGAGCGUAUUAAGCGAUCAUUACCUGUGUUUGCGCAUUAAGAUUGGCAUCAUGAUACACUCAUAUAUAUAUUGAACUAAAAUCAUAAACCUCUUCAGAAAUUCAAUUGCG